UGUGAUUUAAAGCUAAAUAAAUAUUUUUUCGUUGUUGAUGUUUUUUCUAUGUUUAACAUUUUUUUUUUGUAAUAUUAAAAUAGAUUGAGAAAUAUAAAUAUUUGAUAAAGCAAGUGAAGUGAAAACACAUUUAAUUAAGUAAAAAUGUUGAUGGAAUACGUAAAAAGUGCCUUUAAUUUCGUAUUAAAAGUAUUGCUGUACCCGCAAACGAUCAUCAAUGACUUGGUUUUGCUCAAUUGGACGACGCUGGGCAUCGAAUAUCUGCCUGAAAAGAAUCAAAUCAAACUCAAGUGUGCCUUAGAUGAAUUACUAAAGACUGAAGAGAAUUACGUCACGAAGCUGGAAAACGGCUUAAAAACAUACGCCGCUCCCUUGGACGAGCUGCUGCAAGACAAAUACAACGAAGAAUUCUACGACAUCGAACGCAUUUACAAUUUUCAUCACACAGAGUUCCUUCCAGCACUGCGGGAGCAUCACGCGAGUAUCUUUGACGUUGCCAACUUGAUCCAUCGUCUCAUCCACAAAGACGGUUUUUUUGACUACAUUUUUUACGCCAUGCGAAAGCCCAAGCUAGAAGCUUUUAUUGCAAGUCACACGGAAAUUUUCAAUAAUUUGGGCUCGAAUGACAAACUCGGCAUCAACAGUUUCUUGCAUGAACCCAUCCAAAGAUUGCCUCGCUACAAAUUGCUGUUCGCGGAGAUAAUUAAGGCGAUAUCUGUCGAUGACGAUGAUGCUAUCAAAGACAUACAGAGAGCGUGUCGAAUUGCCGAGAGAGACAUUUUGUCACUGCUUAAUACCGUUAACGAGGCACUCAACUUGAAUCAGUUUGCGGAGAGUAAGCAAUUUAAUAUUUUUGAGCAUGGAAAGUUCAAAAAGGCAGCUGACUUUGAGAUGUUUAAUUCGGCGCAAGGAUUGACGUUUAAAGGGAAAGCUUUUUUGUUUGAAGGAGCGUUACUUUGCACGGAAUGGAAUGAAACUCAGCGAUUAUUUUAUUAUCGUACGCAUGUGGAGUUGAAUGACAUUUUGUAUAUCGAUGCCGAUAAACCGGGAAUGUUCAGAAUCAACUUGGACGAUAAGGAAGUGGAUUUUAUGGGGAAAAAAGCGACCAUUGAUGAGUGGAUUGAUUUGUUGACACGCACCGAUGAUCGAAAUUCAUCCGUACUAGGCAGCUCCACAUGGGACGAAGAUCAAUACCUGAAAAUUCUCCGUAAAAUCGAAAAACACUAUAUUUUACAUCUCAACCUGUACAAACAAAAUCACUUAUUCGAAGCAAAAUCCUUGCCAAACCUCAGUGACCUCAUCGCCCUCACAGACACCCUUCUAGUCUUCCAUUCGCAGAAAAUUCUUCCUGUCCUCGAGCAACGUGAUCUUACCAUCACCAAAGUUUGCGAAUUCUUCAAAACCGUGUUGCAGGAUCCCGUCUUCCAGAUUUACAAAAAAUACGCGGUUCUUGCUCCAAAAUCCUACAAAACGGCAAAAAGCAUGUUCAAAGGUCUCGGCGACUUGGAUCAGUUUAUAAAAUUCAUCGAGACGCCGAUAAAUCACCUGAGUCGAUAUAAAAAGUUUUUCAGCAAAAUGGUGAGAGUUUUGUUCAACGACACGGAAGUGCCAAAGGAACUCGUGCUGACAGUCGCUAAUGUUCAAGUGGAAAUAAAUAAAUACGAGAAAAUGGUUUUAAAUCAUUACAAAUUGCAUUUAUUGGAGACGAGUGUGGCAAACCAACCACAAGAGCUCGGAAUGAUUUAUUUCACAGAUUUAGUGACCUUGGACAGUGUGAGUCCCUUGAAAAAUCGUCUUUUUUUGAUGGGAGAUUGUGUCUUAGCCGUUAAACUUCGUUCGAUCGGGAAAGAUGACGACAACGAAAUAUUCGACAGUAUUCUAUGGAAAAUACCGACAGACGGUAUCAACAUCCGUACAAGCACAAAAGUCAACAAACGCCUAAAAUUGUCAUCCAAAACCGUAAAAGUAGCCGAACAAGCAGUCACAUUCCGAACAAUUGAGAAAAUGAAAGAAUUUCUCAAAAAUCUCGAGAGCAAUAGUUAA